GCCUCCAAGACCAAGAUGGCCGGGAGAAUCUCCGCCUUCCUCAAGAAUGCCUGGGCGAAGGAGCCGGUGCUGGUGGUGUCCUUCUCUGUCUGGGGCCUCGCUAUAAUUAUGCCCAUGAUCAGCCCCUACACCAAGUAUGCAGAAAUGAUCAACCGGGCCACACCCUACAACUACCCAGUGCCUGUGCGAGAUGAUGGGAACAUGCCCGAUAUCCCCAGCCACCCCCAGGACCCUCAGGGCCCAAGCUUGGAAUGGCUGAAGAACCUGUGAAUACUCUUGCUGAUGGAAGAGGCCCCUUCCCUGCUGCCCUCCAAUAAAAAAAAAAUGUGAAAAU